AUGCAUACAAUGAAAUGGUCAUUUGGGAUAACAGGUAACUAUGGCUCACAUGCUGAUAAAAACUAUGACCACAAUACUUUAUCUGAGAUCAAAAACAUCAACUACAGAGACAUGGUAGCUAAAGAUGUUGCCAUGGCUACUAAUUUGGAAGGAAUUUCUAAUGACCCUUUUACUGGAAUAUGCAUUUCCAACGUGACGAUUAGUAUUGCAGCUAAGGCUAAGAAACAACCAUGGACAUGUAGUGAUAUUCGAGGGAUCACAAGUGGUGUUAAUCCUAAGCCUUCUGGUUUGUUACCUGAUCAAGGUACAGAGAAAAUUACAGAUUGUGAUUUUUCCUCCGAUUAUCUACCUAUUAAUACGUUGGAGCUUAAGAAAUGCAGCUACAACAUCUAA